UGCAUCUGGCUGUCAUUUCUGAGGCAAGCUUACCGGAAUCUUCACUUCAGUAGCAAAAUCAUCUUGAAAGCAUCAUGACAUCGAAUUGUUAGUGCGGCCGAGCAAAACCAGCUCUUCUCCUCGCGGUUCUCCUCGAUCUUUCUUCUCUUCUCCUUCUCUCUCCAGACUACCAAAAAACAAAAAAAGGAGUCUCAAAAAACUGUUCUUGCUUUCAAAAUCUGCUUUCACGUACUCGCGUUGCUUUUUACACCUGAACUUGAACUCCGUAUUACCCUGAUCCUCAUAGAACACGAAAAAGUUCUAUCUGUGUCCCGAACCAUGCAAAGAAUCAUGAAGACAAAGGACACGAAGAGAUUUGCAACCUCUUCAGAAGACGACCGCCGCUGCUCUGUCCACAAAAAGCCUGGUCGCACUCCACAAAAAACACACAGGCAGCACAAGCAAACCGGCCAGACAACGCGGGGUACCCGACUCCAGUCCCUGCCCAACUCUUCUGGCCAGGACAGGGACAGAGCCCCUGCUUCUCAAACAAUCCGUGAUCAUGUUUACCCCAACCCUCUAUGCCACCGCUCCCACUGGCAUUUGUCCCAGGUCAGCAAUGACCAGGACGUGGUGAUGAGAGAUGUUUCCGGCCAGACAACGCGGGGUAUGCGCCUCCAGUCCCUGCCCAACUCUCCUGGCCAGGGCAGGGACAGAGCCCCUGCUUCUCAAAAACCUCGCCAUUCUGAUUCCCGACGCUGCCGCUCCCAACGGCGUCCGUCCCAGGUCAGCAAUGACCAGGACGUGGUGAUGAGAGAUGUUCGUUGUGAGGUUAGGAAUACAACGCCUGCCUCCAAGCAACCCCCCCGCCCCGCGAAUCCCCGUUCCAUCCUUAAGGUCAGCAAUGGCCAGGAUGUGAUUAUGAAAGAUGUCUUCCUUCCCAAGAAAAAAGUACACUUUGGUGGUGCAGAAGUUCACCUCUUCCAUUGUUCCGAGCCCGAGGUCAUUUAUGACUCGGAUGUUGAGAUGGCUGAAGCCGAGGAUGAAGAUGUGGAGAUGGAGGACGCUGAUGUUGAGAUGGUCGAUGCCCCUGAGCUUCCCUGGUGGGUGUGUGAUGUGUCGAUGGAGUGAGUGAAGCAAUGCAAGCUUCAAGUUCCUCUGUUCUUGUCUUGUCUGAGAACCCAUGUUUAUUCCUCAUGUAUGAUGUUGAACCCCGAUGGGGUAUUUGUCGAUGGACUGCAAGCUAAAGCUACAGACAUAAAUGUCUCCCUUCCCUCCAUCAACUCGUUGGUAGUUUAGUCAGGAGACAGAUCAACCAAGAGUUUUUCACUUGC